AGCUCAUCCGGUGCAUUGAGGGACGUCCAGGUCCUCAUCUGCGCUCGUACAGCAUCAGCACCAGCCGCUACGUGAGAAACAACCCGAGUCGCAUCCCUGCGGAGAGGAGCACCGCGUGCGCUUCAUUCAAUCUGGAGCGUCAGAUGGUGAAAGAUGCACCGCUUCUUUGUCCUCUUCUACACCCGGACUGUGCAAGUUAACGCUGGAAGGGACCAAUAGUAGUUGAGGGACUCGAGAAGACACAUUUCAGUUGCACUGAAAGGCUCCUACAGGACGCACGCUUGGAUUAUUGUCCUCGUAUCACCAUUCCCGUGGAUUUCCUGCUUGUACAACUAAACACGCACGCCGCGGCUUCCAGAGCAAUAAAGCAAAUCAUCGCCUCCUAAAAUGUGUUAAUUCGGUUUCUUUCUCGCGAGGGAGGAGCAAUGAGAUCGUAAACAACACUGGGUGGCUUUGUUUCUCAGACGGGACCCGUGGAAGAUCACAUUGACAUGUCUUUCAGUGCUGGAUUUGGAGCCACCGUUAUUUCUCCACUAACUUAGGGAAGUGUUUUUCGUAUCUCUUUGAGUUUGCAUUAGAGCUCAAUUCUACUUUUCUAACAAACACAUGCAGUUUUCUUCAUAUCUUCUUCCUACAUUGUGGAGCGGUUGGGAUGCUUUUAUCGAAAGGGCGUAUUUGAUUCGCGUCUAUCGCCUUUGGAGCGAAGAAAGACCUCUCUAAACCCGUUUCCUCGGCAUUAUCUUGUGGAGUUACAGCGACCCACGUGGAAACACGGACUCGAAGGAGGGCAAGAUGGGCUGUUGCAGUGGUAGAUGCACGCUCGCAUUUAUAUGUGGCAUGCAAUUGAUCAGCAUCCUGGAGCGACAGAUAUUUGAUUUCCUUGGAUACCAGUGGGCUCCAAUCCUCACAAACUUCAUCCAUAUCAUCACAGUGAUUCUAGGUCUCUUUGGGACAGUACAGUUCAGACCGCGAUAUGUGGCCGGGUAUGCAGUCUGGUUGGUGCUGUGGGUCGCCUGGAAUGUCUUCAUCAUCUGUUUCUAUUUGGAAGUGGGUGACCUUUCAAAGGACACAGAUCUGAUUAUGACUUUCAACAUCUCCAUGCAUCGCUCCUGGUGGAUGGAGAACGGCCCGGGGUGCAGGGUGACCCCAGUGACCCCUCCUCCCUCCUGGGCCCCGGAGGACCAUCGCUACAUCAGCAUCACUGGCUGUCUGCUGGAGUACCAGUAUGUGGAGGUGACCCACAGUUCCUUGCAGAUUAUCCUGGCUCUUGCUGGGUUCAUCUAUGCCUGUUAUGUUGUGAAGCUCAUUUCAGAAGAGGAGGACAGCUUUGACUUUAUAGGAGGGUUUGAUUCAUAUGGUUACCAAGGACCACAGAAGACGUCACAUUUGCAACUACAACCAAUGUACAUGUCAAAGUAAAAGGAUAACUGCCUUAUCAGCCAAUCAAAACGAUGAACUGAUGUUUGAACUUGUCUUUCUACGUAAAUGUCUUAACAUGAUAGUGUCUUACGGAUUGUCGGAGGAACACAGAACCGACACUUCAACCUCAAAGACUCCAAGUGGAUUUUCUUUGUCUACGCCCAGCCCUUCCUCCACCAGAGCGCUGCCAUCAGGCACGAGAGAGCCCUCAUGUGGCCGACCCCCCUCAGCAGACUCUCAUCAUUAGCAGUGCGAAACGGAGGAGCAGAUUGAGUCAAUGUCUGUGGAUAGAUCUGCAAUGAGAAAGACUUGGAAUCGUGCAAUGGUACACUGAGAUGAUAUAGUGUCAGUGUCUCCAACUGACUUUCACGGAAACCAUCCAUACUUAAAGAAUGUUCAUUAAAUAGUCAGUAUGACAUUAGUUAUCUAGUCCUACAAUCUUUCAAAUGGUCUCUUGAGUGGAGAGUCAUUAUUCCAGUUGUGUUUACAAAGGGUUAUUCCAAGCAUCGGAAUUACCAUCUGUGUUUAAUUGCAACCCAAGUCAUUUUUUCUUCUUUUUCCAGGAUGUACUUGUCUUGAAAGUGCCAAGAACAGUUACGAAAAAAUCUAAUAAAGAAAUCAGUAGCUGCUAAGAGAUUCAAAUUUUUUGGAGUUAAACGGAACUAUUAUUUUAUCCGUUCGACGUCACCAUGGGAUCACCCGUAUUUGUUUGCAUGAGGUGUCCAAAUCUGUUGUGUAUUUAAUAUCUUUCAGCUAGACAUAGGCUGACCUUGGAACGGGUAACAGUCGCUCCAAAAGGAUACUUGUGAAUAUUGUUGUUUUUUAGGACAGUGUUGAGUCUUGUUAACAAGAUAACGGAUAGAAAACCAAUUGUAACUUCUUUAUAUUUUAAGCCUUUUUUUAACGUGUGCCAGUGUUCACUCUUUUCUAGUAGACUAAUAAUUUAUUAUGGUGUAUAAGUGGGCCUUUCCUUUCAAUAUUCCUGUACAUACUGAGGGGGGUAGGGAUAGAGAUGCAGUAUUUCUAGUGAUGUGAUGUGAGAAGGGGUGUGAGGAAGAGUCUAAUCUGGUUAGAACACUUUGUUUUGUGUAGUAACAGGACCCCAAGAAUAACAAGUUUUCGUUUCCCUAAUAUUUAGGCAAAAGGGAUAGAAUCGCGCAAAAUGCUGAAGCUAUUCAGGUGUUUUAGCUGUGCUGUAUAAUUUCUUUUCUUACUUGCCUCGUGAAUGAAUAUCAACAAAGAGUUUCUUUUAAUGCUGCACUUUCAAUUGCCUAAAAUACUGUGCAUAUUGUAGCCCUUGGAUGAUGCGUGAAAGCAAGAAAUGUCUUCAUUUUGCUCAAACUACCAUGCCAAAGCGCAGCUGAGUAACAUAUUUUCCCCCCUCUUCAACAGAUAAUGGAUGAUGAAAUCUGUAUUUCUCCACUGUAUAUUAUCUUUUCCCUUAAACUGAUUCUAGUAACUGUGUGGAGUUGGCAUAUGUAUGCGAUUUGGUGUCGAAUAUUCUGAGAGAAAGUGCCUAAAAUGACAUCCUGUUAACAUUCCAAUAAAUGGCAAUCUGCUCUCACCCAGAAAGGCUGUACAUAAACAGAGGGUCUGACUGAACUGGGUUUCAUCAAACACCUUGUGAACUGCACUGGCAAAGCUAAGUGGCUUUGAUUAUUAAUAAAGAUAUUUUAGCUGCACCACUCUCCAGACCUCACUGGCAAAUAAUUCCCUGCAGUCCCUUGCUGCAGUUGUUCUGCAUCUGACUCAAUAUGGAGUGAUACUGUAGUUGUUUGUAUGGGUACUGCAAUUAAUAAGAAUGAUAACACUAGGAAAGGAAAGCUGUAUGGGCAUGUCUCUCAGAACCAGACUUUUAUUUUUGUAUUUUAAUUUGUAUUAAUAAGGGAGAUUAUUAUAUAAUUUAUCUUAAAUUAUAUUAUUUAUUAGAAUACUAUAAUGCACAAAACUCACAAUCCCAUUACUGUAAUGCAAUAAUAAUAUCAAAAGUAGAAUAUUAAAGUAAUGAAAGUCUAAUUAGAAUAAUCAUCAAGAAUAUUGGGAACUUAAAAAAACAAACAAAAUUGGUAACAAAAAAGAAGCAGCAGGAAAUAUUAUAACAGUAAUGUUAUAAAAUAUCUUAAAUGUCUUAUAUAAUUAAUCAUAAAAUAAGGGGACCUUAAUAAUUAAAUAAAAAGCAUUGAUUUUAUUUGCAAAUUACUUAAAUGCCUUGAGAUAUAUAUACACUGAUCAAGCAUAACAUUAUGACCACUGACAGAAUAACACUGAUUAUCUCUUCAUCACUGCAUCUGUUAGUGGGUGGGAUAUAUAAGGCAGCAAGUGAACAUUUUGUCCUCAAAGUUGAUGUGUUAGAAGCAGAAAAAAGCAUAAAGAUUUGAGCGAGUUU